CUCAUGGUCGCAGCACCCUAUCUCAUCAUCUAAGAUAGAUUCACAGAUAGUACAUAUUUCCUUUCCCUCAAAAAAGAAGAAAGAUUAUACAUAUUCCCUCACUUUUGUAAGCCAUAGCGAUGGAGUACUCGCUGAAGCUGGCAGUAGUACUGCUCUUAGCUCUCGCGUCCGCCAUGGCGGUCACGGCCCAGAACUCGCCGCAGGACUUCGUGGACCCCCACAACGCGGCGCGCGCCGACGUCGGCGUCGGGCCGGUGACCUGGGACGACAACGUGGCCGCGUACGCGCAGAACUACGCGGAGCAGCGCCGCGGCGACUGCCAGCUGAUACAUACUCCCGAUGGCCGGCCGUACGGGGAGAACCUCUUCGGAGGCGGUGGGACCCAGUGGACGGCGGCGGACGCCGUGAGCUCGUGGGUGUCGGAGAAGCAGUACUACGACCACGGCAGCAAUAGCUGCUCCGCCCCGGAGGGCGACUCGUGCGGGCACUACACACAGGUGGUGUGGCGUGACUCGACGGCCAUCGGCUGCGCCCGCGUCGUCUGCGACAGCGGCGACGGCGUGUUCAUCAUCUGCAGCUACAACCCGCCGGGCAACUACGUGGGGCAGAGCCCAUACUAGGAUAUGCAUGCAUUCGUGCAUGUACGUAGCAGAGCGUAUAUUUGCAUAAAGAAUAAAGCUGAGAUCACAGUCGUGAUAAGAUGUGAAACUUUAGCAGGAGAUAUUCAAGGUAUGUGUAGUUACCCUUCAUGUAAGUUGUACUAUCAUUGUAGGUCCCUGCUAUGCAGGGCUUAUGAAUGGAAAUAAAGUUUUAUUAUCAGGGGUGAA